AUGUGGACAGCAUGCGGGGCAACGAGCAGUCUGGCUCCACCACCCCAUGCUGCAGCCCUCCAAGUCCACGCGGGCGGUCAUGUAGGCAGCGUCGGCGAAUAUGUGUCCGUCUGCCACGUGCAUGGAAUGGCAGUGGCAGUGCCACAUCGAGCUGAGAAAAUGUUGGCAGUGGACCCUUCAAGGGGUCAGACUUCGACCAUUGACCUCCCUGUGAACGAAGUGCUCGUGGCGGUCCCUCUUGAUGCUGGGAAGAUCUUGGUGUUGAAUCCUUCAACAGGCCAGUCUCAAUCCAUCGAUCUGCCUUCAGGAAUUGAUGCAAGUAUGCCUCGCAAGUUUGGGUCCAUCUGCAACGUGAACGGCCGAGCAGUGGCGGCACCAAGUGGUGCCGAGAAGAUUUUAGUGGUGGAACCCGCAGAUGGCCAGGUCUCGGCCAUUGAGCUCCCUGCGAGCAUAGAUGCAAGCAAAUGCUGCAAGUAUCUGUCCGUCUGCAAUGUGAAUCGAAAGGCCGUCAUGGCCCCUUGUAAUGCUGAGAAGAUCUUGGUGGUGGAUCCUGAGGCUAGCCAGGCUUGGGCCAUCGACCUACCCUUCGGCCUUGAUGCACGCACCGAGUGGAAGUAUUUCUCAUGGCGGCGCCACUCGAUAUACGAUAAGAUCUUGGUGGUGGAUCCUGCAACGUCCAAGGCUCAAGCCAGAGACCUUCCUGCAGGGAUUGAUGCCAGCAGAUGCCACAAGUAUUGCUCCAUCUCCGUGGCGAGUGGAAGGGCAGUGGCAGUGCCAUGGAACGCCAAGAGGAUUUUGGUGCUGGACCCUGCAACUGGCCAUGCUUCGGCCAUCGACCUCCCCGCAGGAAUUGAUGCUAGCAGGGGUCGAAAGUUUUUGUGCGCCUGUGCUGUGAAUGGUAAGGCAGUGGCGGUGCCAAGUGGUGCCGAGAAAGUGUUGGUAGUGGAUCCUGUACAUGGUCAGGCUUCCGCCCGCGACCUCCCUGCAGGCAUUGAUGCAAGCAGGCCCCGCAAAUAUGAGUCCCUCGUGGCAGCUUUGGUGAGCUACUGGGUGCACACGGACGAGCAGGAGCCACCGCAGAUCGAGCAUGCAGCCAUGCACGCCCACCUGGAGCUUCUGAGUGAGGCAAAGAAGCACCGGACGUGGAGGAUCAUCUUCACCGGCCAUUCCUUAGGAGGAAUGUACGCUGCAGACUUUGCACAGAAGCGAGCGAUAAACUACAUCAACGCGAACGACCCCUGCUCGCGUGCCUGGGGUGCCAUCAAUCUAAGAAGCUUUGUGGACUUAGCGGCCCAGGGUGUAGAGAACGGACUGGUCGGUGGGCUUCGUAGCAUCGACGGGUUGGUUGCCUCACAGGCCGUGACGGCAGCAGCACGACAACUGCUAAGCCGCCAAGAGAUAUCAGCAUUUCGCGGAGCUGAGGGUUCUGAGCCCACAGAGCCAGUUCUCUCACUGGAGAGUCUUCUGGCACACCCCAGGCAGCCUCCGUGA